AUGGUGCAUGGCCAUGAUGGCAAUUUAAGAAAGCUGGUGUCUAUGUCAAAGAUUAAUAUAACAAAAAAACUACAUAUAUCUAUUAUCUAUAACGAUUUCCAAAACCAUCUCACUCACCGCAAUGAGGUCAUGUUGCUAGGAAACAAUGAUUUGUACACACAAGACAAGAUUAUGAAAGUGACCAUUGUGUAUAACCAUUUUGGAGAAGGACUUAGACAGAGAAAGCCAAGAUGUAGGCAUGCAUGUUUCCAUGUGGUGAACGAUUACACACACUAAAUGUACCCGAUUGGAGAAAGCGCAAACGUAACUAUAAACAGUCAAGGUAAUAGAUAUGCUGCUCCCAAGAACCUCUAUGCAAAGGAGGUUACAAAAAGGGUGAGGACAGAAACAAGUGAGUGCUAUGAAAGUGCCUCGAGCUUAGCAGCUAGACCAGCUUCCAUGGUCGACUCAAUCACUUCUUCUACUGCAGGUGCACUUGGUUGCCGCUGAGGCAGACCUUGUUACUAAUAUCAAUCUUCUUCUCUCUUAA